AUGGGUUCCGGCGCUCAUAGCCGUGUGAUACCCGCAUGCGCGCCGUGUGCACGCGAACCUCGCGAAUCCAAAGUCGAGUCGUCUCCCGGUGCCGCGACGGUUCUUGGAGGCCCAGAAACGACCAUCGCGGUGCGCAAUGCGUAUCGUUUGACGUUCGGUACGUUGUCGAACAGAAGAGCGCACGGGGCCAGGCUCCCGGGAGAAUCCUAUCCAUCGCGGCGUCUCGUCGAGGUGAGUGCCCGUUCGUUCGCGCACGUCGCGCACACUAGGGAGCGCGUCGGUGCGGCGUUCGCGGACGUCAUGCGCACGGACGCGACCUGCGUCCAUUCUCGGGUCUCCCCGCAUGCGAACCAUGACCAGGUCAUCUCCGCUUAUCGCGACGGUUUCAGCACGUCAUCGAAAGAAGAUCACGCACAGGGCCAGGCUUCCUGGAGGAACAUCGAUCCGUACACGGCCCCUCACAUCAAGUUGAAUGCCCCCCGUUUCGUGUACGCGCUUCGCGUCUAG